UGUUAAUAAACAUCUGAGGACUCAUUUUGCAAAGAACCAUUUCAAGCCUAUUAAAUGUGGGGAAGACUUUUCUCAAAGAUCCAUUCUUCUGUCUAACAGUAUGCAUAUAAGAGAGAAUCCUAAUGAACGUGAAAGAGAUUUUAACCAGUCCUCCAGUUCUGGUGAUCAUCCAAAACUUUAUGUGGGAAAAAACCCAUCCAGAUAUAAGAAGCCUGGGAACACGUUUAGUCAGUCAUCAGGAACACGUAUACAUAAGACAAUCUGUAGUGUAGAGAAACCUUACAAAAGUAAAGAAUACAGCACAGACUUUAAAUUGCCAUCGAUCCUUACUCACCAUCACAGAAUUCAUACUGGAGAGAAACCUUACCAAUGUCAAGAAUGUGGGAAGGCCUUUAACCGCAGCUCAAGCCUUACUGAACAUCACAGAAUUCAUACUGGAGAGAAACCUUACCAAUGUCAAGAAUGUGGCAAGACCUUUAAUCGGAUGUCACACCUUACUGAACAUCACAGAAUUCAUACUGGAGAGAAACCUUACCAAUGUCAAGAAUGUGGCAAGGCCUUUAACCAUAGCUCAAGCCUUACUCAACAUCACAGAAUUCAUACUGGAGAGAAACCUUACCAAUGUCAAGAAUGUGGCAAGGCCUUUAACCACAGCUCAAGCCUUACUCAACAUCACAGAAUUCAUACUGGAGAGAAACCUUACCAAUGUCAGGAAUGUGGGAAGGCCUUUAUCCAUCAGUCAGGCCUUACUACACAUUACAGAGUUCAUACUGGAGAGAAACCUUACAAAUGUGUAGAAUGUAGCAAGGCCUUUAAGCAGGUAGCCAACCUUACUCGACAUCACAGAAUUCAUACUGGAGAGAAACCUUACCAAUGUCAAGAAUGUGGCAAGGCCUUUAAGCAGAUAUCACACCUUACUGAACAUCACAGAAUUCAUACUGGAGAGAAACCUUACCAAUGUCAAGAAUGUGGCAAGGUAUUUGUGUCCCAUUCAGGCCUUACUCGACAUCAGAGAAUUCAUUCUGGUAAGAAACCUUUCAGAUGUUAA